UCCCCUUAAACUCUGAAACCCCCCAUCAACAAACUGGGGUCUGCCGGUAACUCAAGGAACACGGCGACAGGAUUACCCCGGACAGUCCAGCCUGCUUGAGACUUCUUGGAUGUUGCAGAGAGUCUCUGUUUGGCUAUGGGAUCCUAUCUGGUGUAUCACAGCUUGGGUCUGGUCAUAUGCUGCUCGGUGCUUAGUUCCGUCUUCGGGCUGGAGGAUGUGGAUGAUGUCCUGACAAAGGAGGAGCAGAUCUUCCUGCUGCUCAAAGCCAAGGCCAAGUGUGAGCGCCAUCUAAAGGCCAAAGGACCCAAACUGCAAGAUGGGUUCUGCAUCCCCGAGUGGGACAACCUCAUCUGCUGGCCCGAAGGUGCCCCAGGGAAGACAGUGGCCAUGCCCUGCCCAGAUUACAUCUACGACUUCAACCACGAAGGCCAUGCCUAUCGACGGUGUGACCUGAACGGGAGCUGGGCUCUGGUGCCCAGCAACAACCGCACUUGGGCCAACUACAGCGAGUGUGCCAAGUUCCUCACCAUCAACACCACGGAAAGGGAAGUCUUCGAUCGCCUUUAUCUGAUUUAUACUGUCGGCUAUUCCAUCUCGCUGGGGUCCCUAACCAUCGCCGUCCUUAUCCUAGGAUACUUCAGGCGCUUGCACUGCACAAGGAAUUACAUCCACAUGCACCUGUUCGUCUCCUACAUGCUUCGAGCCAUCAGCAUCUUCGUGAAGGACGCUGUCCUGUACUCCGGCUCGGCGCUGGAGGAGAUGGAGCGGAUCUCGGAAGAAGACUUCAAGUCCAUCACGGAGGCACCUCCAGCAGACAAGUCCCAGUUGGUGGGCUGCAAGGUAGCCGUGACCUUGUUCCUUUACUUCCUGGCCACCAACUACUACUGGAUCCUGGUGGAAGGACUCUACCUUCACAGCCUCAUCUUCAUGGCCUUCUUCUCGGAGAAGAAGUACCUUUGGGGAUUCACGUUAUUUGGCUGGGGGCUCCCUGUUGUGUUCGUUACAUUCUGGGCGACCUUAAGGGCGACGUUUGCAGACACAGAGUGCUGGGAUUUGAGUGCUGGCUACUUCAAAUGGGUUAUCCAGGUUCCUAUCCUCAUAGCUGUAAUGGCAAAUUUUAUCCUUUUCAUCAAAAUUCUCAGAGUCCUCGCAACCAAACUCCGAGAAACAAACGCAGGCAGGUGCGACACGAGGCAACAGUAUAGGAAGCUGCUGAAAUCCACCCUGGUCCUCAUGCCUCUCUUCGGAGUCCAUUAUAUUGUUUUUAUGGCUAUGCCGUACACCGAAGUGUCAGGGAUCAUCUGGCAAAUUCAGAUGCAUUAUGAAAUGCUCUUUAACUCUUUCCAGGGGUUUUUCGUCGCCAUUAUCUAUUGCUUUUGCAACGGGGAGGUUCAAGCAGAGAUAAAGAAGUCGUGGAGCAGAUGGACGUUAGCGCUUGACUUCAAGCGGAAAGCUCGCAGCGGGAGCACCACCUACAGCUACGGGCCCAUGGUGUCCCACAGCAGCGUGACCAAUGUCACCGCGAGAGGCGGGGUCGCCCUGCAGCUCAAUUCGAAACUCCUUCCAGGAGCCCUCAACGGCCACCGGAACUUGCCGGGCUACGUCAAAAAUGGCUCCAUUUCGGAGAACUCUAUGCCUUCCACUGGACCGGAACAGUACAACAAAGACGAGGAGUAUCUCAACGGGUCGGGACUCUACAACGGAGACCGGCCAACGGUCCUUGUGGAAGAGGAAAAGGAGACGGUGAUGUAAAGGGGUGGGCGGGAAGAAUGGUCAGACGUCCAAAGGAGAAGUGACCCAGGAAGCGCUGGGUGUUCACAGGAAUCCCCGGCCAAUUACUGAAUGCCGAGGUUCUUCAGACAUUUCCCCCCCGGUUCUUCGGGAACGAGGUAUUGAGUUCUGUGGGGAAA